GCCGCACACACUCGAGUCCCGCGGCUUGGAGGACGCUCGGUGGCUUCCCGCACGCUUUUCUCGCCCAAAUUCAAGGGUCCAGUGCCGAAAAUGUGCUUAAAAUGACGCGCAGGACCUGGUUCAAAGUGCAGUGAGUGAUGUGAGUGCAAAAUAACGGCGGGGAAGUGAAAUUUUAAAGGUGAAUUCGAGGUGAUAGUUGUAAACUGGCUGGCGGUGAGAUCGGUUAGUCGCGCCUGGUGACUGUCGCGCACUUUUUGUCAUGGAACUCGCAAAUCCGCGUGCCAGCCUCGCUCUAAGGAACUCCUCGACCCGACAGUGCUCUUAAGGUGUCUCUGUUGCCCUCCGUGGCGAGGCCUGUGUCGGCGGUGGUGCCCCUAGGACCGCAGAAGAGGCGCGAGUCGUCGAGGUCUCGCGGAGGAGGUGGCGACUCGGCUCGACCACUCUCGCCAGGCGGAGGUUCCUCUUGGUCGAUACCGGCGCCGCUUCUUCCCUUCCACACACCCACCUAUUUUAGCCAGCACGCCCUCGCCCGCACGCCCUCGCCCUCGCCCGCACGCCCACGCCCAUCGCCAGCCUCUGCUCUAGGACCCACGCCCUUCGCCGCACGGAUCUGGAGGCCGGCAGAGGCGACGCACAGGUAUACCACGUGUCGUAGUGCAACUGCCCCUCGCUGUGUUGAGGCGGUGGGGACGGGCCAUGAGGGAAGUGGACGCUUGCCAACCCCUCCUCCUCAGCCGCAGCAGCAGCAGCAGCCUCGCUCGCCGCACCAGCAGCAUCAACAACAACAGCUGCAGCCGGCGGGGAUGAGGGUGUCGCCUGCACCGCCGCUGUCUGCAGGAGCCAACCCGCCUCACCCCCCUCAUUCUCCGCACAUGUCUCCUGCCGUAGAUGUACGUGGUCGCCUCCUGCACCAUCCCCAACAGCUCGCUUUCCUCCACCACCACCACUCCAGCUCCGCCCCCACCUCCAACUCCACCUCCGGACCGUCUGCACCACCACAACCACCACAACUACUCGAUGUUGCUUCUCAUAUCCCAACUUCCUCAGGUGGACCGGGGAGCGUUGUGAUGCCCCCCCACCCUGGCAGUGGACAGAGUGAUAGUCGCAACAGCAACAUGCAUGCACCUGGGUAUCCCCCUGGUGGGCCCCCACACAUGGCAACAGGCCCUCCCUCUGGGCCGCAUGGCUAUCCCACAAAGCUAGGCCACAUGCCACCCAGUGGGCCCCCUGGACCCCCAUAUGGGCAGCCAGGCUACCAAGCAGGCCACCAAUACCCCCCAGUAAGACCCCAGGGGCCCAUAAUGCAGCCAUACCCACAAAACUUUCCCCCUGGCGCUCCACAGGGUCCUCAGGGCCCUCAGGGUCCCCCUUCUUCCAUGCCGCCAGGCCAUCAGUAUCCCCCACGGCCCCCGCCCAACAACCAUGUUCCCCCCAGCCAGCCAUACGGGUAUCCUCCUUUCGGGACGCAGGGUUGGGGAGGACAGACCAUGAACCAGGGCCCACCGGGACCAGGUGGUAUGCCCAGCUCCAUGAUGCCUGGGGGACCUGGCAUGCCAGGAAAAGGUGGACCCGUUCAGAUGCCAGGUCAGUCAAAUCAACCUGGAGCCAGUAGUAGUGGUGGAGGUCCUCGACCCCACACUCCCCCACACACCCACUACCUGAAGCAGCACAUUCAGCACAAGAUCAGUGGGUAUGGCGCAACCCAGAUGUACCCCAAUGGCCCCGGGAUGCCCGGGAUGCCUAACAGCCCCCAGAACAACAUGCCACCUCCCACGUCCACCCCACAGCCAAUCACCCCCACCAGCACCCCACUGGAGUCUGGGGACCACUCGGGGAGUAACACUUCUGUGAACAACACCAACCCACCUUCUAUAGGCCCAGAUGGGAACCCAGUUGUGGAUGAGGCUUCACAACAAUCCACUGUUUCUAAUACCUCUGCUGUUAGCAGGGCAGUGUUUACAAUUCAUAAAGCUUCUGGAGAGGACCGUUCAGGCACACCAAAACCCCACAAGGACGGCCCAAUGGGAGGACCAGGAGGCAUCCCGGGUGGGAUGACUGGUGGCCAGCACCCGCCCUCCCAUCCACCAACACCCAUCAACUCUGCCCCCUCACCUGGUGCUGCCUCCAUGACCUCACAGCAGGACGAAUUUGAAAAUCUGAAUUCUCCUGGCUGGCCAAGGAGCCCCAGCACUCAGACGGUGUAUGCUAACAGUCAACCACCCCCACCCCCAGACAUCUACAGACCAUCCAAGCCAGGAGAAAACAUCGCAAGACUGUAUGAGAUGUCGGACUCGCCUGAGCGUCGUGCCUGGCUCGACAAGCUGCUCUCUUUCAUGGAUGAAAACAAGACGCCAAUCACUGCGUGUCCGACCAUCAGCAAGAAUCCACUUGAUCUCUAUGCCCUGUAUCUGCAUGUGCGGGAACGAGGCGGCUUUGUGGAGGUUACCAAGAACAAGCAGUGGAAGGAUGUGGCUGCUGUCAUGGGCAUCGGGGCUUCAUCCAGCGGCUCGUACACUCUCCGCAAGCACUACAUGAAGCACAUCCUGGCCUAUGAGUGCAAGUUUGACCGGGGAGGCAUUGACCCCCUCCCCAUCAUCAAUCAGAUCGAAUCGGCAGCCAAGAAGAAGACAACGAAGACGAUAUCGGUGCCCUCUCCUGGUUCUUCAAACUCUCAAGAUUCCUUCCCGCCAGCUGGCUCCAACAGCAGUUCCAUGGACGGGUUUUCCAAUGGUCCACACGUACCUGGUGGUCCAGGAGUGCCUGGGCCUUAUCCCCAGUAUCCUCCAGCAUCUGAGUAUGGCUCUCAUAUGCAGCAGCGUCCUCCUUCGCAGUCAACUCCUGGUUAUCAGGGUUACCAAGGGGGACAAUACCACAGCUACCAGGGGAUGCAAGGGAACUACAGCCAGGGGGGAUACCAUAACUCUGGCUACCCUCCAGAUGGCCGGGGCUACCAGCCUCCGGGGCCCCCCAACCAUCAAGGCAACUACCAGGGGGGCUACCAGCAGCCGGGGAGCUACCAGAGGCCGGGCUAUGCGCCUGGGCAGCCGGGUUACCAGCAAGACCAGUUUCCGAUGGGAAGUAGCGGCACAAACUACGGAAACUCCCAAUUGGCCAAACAACUGCUGAACCCUCCGCGCAGCACGGGCCCUGUGUUUCAAGGUUACCAGGGUGGGAAUAUGUAUCCACCUCCCCAGAAGCCCGGAGCCGCUCCCAGUCCUGGCCCCACUGGCCCCAACCCCCCAGCCGGAUACAGUACGAGUCCACGCAGACACCCUGACUUUGAAAAGACAUCAGUAGGAUGGCGUGGGAACAGCCAGUAUGGAGGCUACACCGGCCAGAACCAGCAGGGUCCCCCUCAGCAGGCGUGGAGUCGCCCCAAUGACUCUGCGCCGCCUGGAGCUCCAACCUCACAGUGGAGUCAGCCACGGUUUCCUGGGCCACAAGGGCAGUUCCAGAAUGCUGUUAGUGCUGGACGAGGGUGGUCAGGUGGAUCCUACACCCAAAAUGUAGGGCCCAGACCUCAGGGUCCUCCCACCAAUAAGAACUAUCUUGUUCCACCACCCUCUUCAUUUAAGUGUGGGGGCAGCAUGUAUGGUGUUUACACUGGCAAACAUCAGUUCCCCCUGGAUAGUGUCGAGGCGGUGCUGCCGGUGCUGGCACGAAGGAAGCGCAUGACCCGCUCUGACCUUCCUACUCUUGACCCCUGGAGGCUACUCAUGUCCUUGCGGUGUGGUCUGGCUGCUGAAGUGACAUGGGCCCUAGAUGUCCUGAACAUUCUCCUGUUUGAUGACCAAACGGUAGUUUACUUUGGCCUACACCACAUGCCAGGACUCCUGGAGGCCCUCAUUGAACACCUCAGAAGGGGCCUUAUCAACAUGUUUGACAUAUGUUCAGAACUGGAGCUUGGCAGUGAUGAGAAGGCCACGGGAGCUAACAAGAGGGUCAAGGCUAUGCAGCAUGAUGACUCGGACAGACCCUGGUACUUGCGGCCACCACCAUCGCCCACCCUCGAGCUGGACCUGGGCAAGCUGGAGGAUCACGACCUGCAGAACAAGGAGGAGAUCUUAAAGGGGGCCGAGGACUUCACCUUGGUCACCAAGACGGGCAAGACGGUCAAGUUCGUGAAGCGGGAUGGUGAGCUGUUCAUGCGAGAAGGCAGCCGUGAGUGGGACAAGUGGGAGGGCUUCAGCUCAGGUGUGGACACCUGGUCAGUGGGUGGAGGUGAGUGCACCGCCCACAUCAUCUGCAGCAUGCAGAGCUCGGUGCCCCCCCUGCCCUUCACUCGCCUCAUGCCCUGCAAGGACGGCAGGAUUGAGGAGAUGUCCCUUAAGAAAGAGAAGCUGAUAGAGGUCAAGGAGGAGGUGGAAAUUAAGAAGGAAGUGGUAGUGGAAGUGAAAAAAGAGGAAAAGAGUAAGAAGGAUAAAGUGGUGGAUGUGUUGGCAGAAUUAAAGGAAAAGAAGGUGGAGAAGAUGGAGGACCUUAUUUCUAGAGAAAAGUGUGACAACUCCAAAGAUACUGAGUCAACAGACAAACUUUUCAGUCAAAGGAUAAAUAGAGUUAAUAAUGCAAGGAAGAGCAAACUAGACGAAAUAUUUAAGAAGUUAAAGAAGGAACCAAUGGAGGACCAUAGUGACAAUAAGAAAAGGGAGACGAAGGAAGUGUGUGUGUUGAAAAAGGACAAUGAAGUGCAUGUAGACUGUAGUGUUGUGGUGAAACAGGAACCAAGUAGUGAUAAGUUAACUGAGAGAAAACAAGAGGAAGUAUCUCAAAAUAAGCCAGAAUCUAAAGAAAAAUUAGAAAGGCGUGAAAGCAGUGGCUCCAAGAGGGAAAGUGGAGGAUUCAAAAGACCUCAUGAGGAUCUAGAGGAGGAAUCAUGGAGUCCAGAUGAAGCAUCGUUAAGCACAACUACUGAAGGUCAGGACUGGUUAGGUCGACGUGUCAUGUGCGUGGGUACUGUGAUCCGGAAUCUGUCCUUUAUUCCAGGAAAUGAAGAGGUGAUGAGCAAAUGCGCAUCUCUGCUAGCCUUACUUGGCAAGACAAUCCUGCUGCACCAUGAGCACCCCAAACGCACCCCCUCCACGGCGCAUUAUGACCGUGAUGAGGAGGCGGACCUGAGCGACUGGUGCAGCUCCCUGGCUCCGGAUACGCACUGGUGGUGGCCCUACCUCCACCAUGUGCACGAGAACACGCUGGUCACCCUGGCUAACAUGGCAGGCACUCUUGAUUUGUCAAUUUACCCAGAAGAGAUCUCACGGCCCUUGUUAAAUGGCCUCCUACACUGGGCCACCUGUUCUGCCUCAUAUGGUCAGGAUCCCUUCCCAGGUGGUGGAACAUCUCUUCAGUCUGCGUUGUCACCUCAGCGUCUCGCCCUGGAGGCCCUUGUUAAGCUCUGUGUGCUCGACCAGAACACAGACUUAGUUCUAGCUACACCACCUUUUACACGGUUAGACAGCCUGUGUGGCCAGCUGACCCGCUUUAUGUGCCGCGGGGAGGACCAGGUCCUACGUGAGUUCUCCAUCAACCUCCUCCACUAUUUCUCAGCUGCAGACUCUGGUGUGGCUAGAGUCAUAGCCAUGCAGAAUGGGUGUGUCUCUCUCCUUGUGGCUUUCAUUGAGGAGGCAGAGGCUGCGGCGAUGAAUGUGGCUAAUGUUCAGGGUGUGAGUGCCCUCAAGGAGAACCCUGAGCUGAUGGGGACGAGCCUGGACAUGGUGCGGCGGGCUGCUAACACACUGGUGCACCUUUCGCGAGUGCCAGCUAAUGCUCGGGUUUUAGCUAAUUGUGAAAACAGACUAUUGACAUUGGUCAUGAGCCAGAUACUUGAUACCUAUGUUGCAUCUCAGUUGUCACAGGUGUUAUUUAAUGUAGCCCAAGUGCAAAAUGAAUUUCCCCAAUUAUCACCUUGCCCUUCACCACCAUCAUCACCCCCACCAACUACAGCACAAGCCUCAGAGUUAACCAAAACUCCAGAUGCACCAAUGGAUGUGGACUCAUCACCAUUAGAUGCACCCAGCCAACCCACUUCUAUUACCACAGCCGUAAAGCUGGUCAAUCAUGACUCCAUUUUGACCGAGUAUGAUAAGACCAAUGCUGCAUCCCCCAAUCCUGCUUCUGCUCCUUCUCCCAACCCUAUUUCAGCACCUAAUGCCACACCUGUGCCCACGCCAGCCCCUGCCCCUGUCCCAGCCGUUACUCCAUCUCCAGUUCCUGCCUCAGCCUCCACCCCAUCAACCCCAGCCUCUGGCCCAGCUGUAACACCUGCUACAGCCUCUGCUCCUGCCCCUGCCCUUGCCCCUACCACAGCCCCGGCUCCUGCCUCCGCCCCAGCCCCUGCUCCUGCUACUCCAGCACCUGCCUCAGCCCCUGCCCCUGCCCCAGCCCCUGCGGUGACUCCUGCCAUUGCACCCACCCCAACUCCAACCCCAGCUGCUUCCCUCGCUCCUGCACCCACCCACACCCCAGCCUCGGCUCCAUUCUCACCACUUCCGUCAGCCCCCGCUGCGACUCCUGCACCAGUACCUACAGCUGUACCAAGUCUAGGUAAAGUCCCAACUCCUAAUUUAACCCCUGCCCCCAUCUCUGCAAACAGCCCUGUAUUUAACCCACAAAAAAUGCCCAUGAAGCCCAGCAAUCCCCCCACCCAAACCACAAACUCCGAGUCAUCUACAAAGUGCGAGUCCCUGGCAGCGGCGGCGGCCCCGGUCCCCAUGGAAGCGUCAGCAGCAAGUCCCUCAUCUUAGUAGCGGGUGGGUGAACCCAGUGAGCGUGUAGGCCUCUCUCAGCCAUGUGUGGUACAAACUGUGUGGUGGGGGUGACACUAUGCCCCCUAGGGUCCCCCCCGGUCCCAGGGCCCCCCCUAGUGUCUCAGCAGGGCCCUUGCAAGGACCACCUCAGUGAUAUUGAGUCCUACCAGGCAUUAGGGCUCUCAGUGUUGUGUACAGUAACUAAAAUAAGAUGUGUGUCCUGCUGUAAGCAGUGUCUGUGAAUUAUUCUAAAGUGCGAGUGUAGCCAGCAACAAGUCUGUGAAAGUCUGUGUAUUUGUACUUUUCAAUGUACAGAAGUCUGUACUCAUCUCAGCUGUAUUUCUUGGAUUUAAAGAAAGUUGUAGAAAGAAAGUAUUCAGAGAAACAGUGUUUCUUUAACCUUGUUCUUGAAUAUACAUUUUUGUUCUAUCAGUUCUGGUAUGACACUUGUAAAUCCAGAUUUAAGAUUCCUUUCAUUUGUUUAUAGGAUGGAGUUGAUGCCAAACAUUUUUGUCUAAAAUUGUAAGGUUCUGGUUGACAAUUAGAUUUGCCAUUGGCAUUUUAAUUUUAUUUAACAAAAAAAUGUUGAUAUGAAAGGAGUACAGUAUUAUUCACAUGAACAUUGACUUUCACUCUGUUUUAUUCUAUUUAAAGAAGGAACUUAGAAGGCUGUAUAAAAACAAAACAGUGUAUGUCAUUGUAUAUAGUCAAAUAGUUUGAAAAAAGAUACUUCAGGAGAGGUCAUUCCUUGUUUAUAUAAAUUUUCCAGUAUGGGAAAAUUAUAGAGAAGAAAAUACUGAUCUAAUAUAUGGGAUUCAAGAUUACUGAAUCCCACACCACCACCAAAAUCAGAAAAUCAAAUCAAUUUAUGUUGUUUUGAAAUACUGGUGAGAGGAACAAAAAGUUACUGAAGUUUUUAGACAAUAUUUUCCUCAAGUUUAAACAAAUUGUAAUUGUUUUUUUAUUUAAUAAAGAUGAAAACGAAACUUA